AUGUCAAACCGAGCACUUCAGUUCGGUGGUCUGGCUGUUGCUGGUGGAGUGGGCUACUACCUGUACAAUGCAGGCGGUGACCCAAAGGUCGCCGAGAAGAAGAUGGAAGCCGACGCGCAUAAGCUCUCGGCCUCAAUAAGAAACGAUCUUCCAGGCAAAGGAAAAGAGUACGAGAAGAAGGGCGAAGCUCUGACUGCUUCAGCCGGUCGCGAGUUUGACAGAGCUUCCGCCGAAGCCAAAGCCAAGCUUGCUGAAGCCGAAGCUAAAGCCAAAGAAGUCGGACACAAGGCAAGCAAGGAGGUCAAUGGUGCCAUUGACAAGUUUGACAAGACGGUGGAAAAUGAGGCAUCCAAGGCAAAGAGCGGUAUCAGCAGCUGGUUCGGUGGCAAAUAGGCGGCGAUGCUCUAAUACUGGUGGUGUCGGCGUUACCAAAAUACCAUGUACAUUGUUGCCUCAACGUGCCUUAAGAUCACAACACACAAUCUGAUACUCCAACAGCAAACGUGGCGCGACUGAUUCCAAGUCCCAUACUUCAGGCACUGUAUCACCAGAAUAUGCUAAUAUGGAUUUUCCUCUGUGAACGUGUACGAGGCCGUCCCUCUUUCCUCUCCUACAUACGUUCCAAAAACUGGAACCAACAAUACAAGACGGCGAGCAUAUUUUGACAUCAAACACAGAAACUGCUGUUGGAACUCUCGUGUGGUUUUUGCACU